CCCUCAUAAACACCGUCGCCAUUUUGUGCGAUAUCCAGGAAGUUGUCGGUGAACUCAUAGACACAAAUGUAGCUAGCUGGCUAAGGAGCUAACUGCUUUGCAGCUUGAGAAGGGAUGCGUUAAUUCCGAGUUUUGCUUAACUUCAUCACUUAUAACGGGGUAAAAUAACCAAAGGAAAGACCGUUGCCGCUUCAGGCUUGCUGGUGGAGUGAAAAGAGCCUAAGCGAGUUGGAUAACAUUAGCCAGCUAGCUUAGCUUAGGUUAGCUUAGCUUAGCUGACUGUUUGUGAAUAGCGCUCGUUUGCAACAACAUAGCUGAUUUCGCGGCGACGUCCUACGGACAUACACGCAAGAGUGUAGGCCUUUUAGCAAACUGGUAACAAAUGGCUGACGACUUUGAUAUUGAGGCCAUGCUUGAAGCUCCCUACAAAAAGGGUGACAGCAAGUCCUCUAGUGCCAAUGGCCAUGAUGAAAGCAGCAAGAAGAAAAGGCGCAGCCGGAGUCGAAGCACAAGCGCAGAUCACCACAGAAGUAGAAGCAAGGAUCGCAAGAAAAGCAGGGACCGUCGUAGGAGCCGCAGCCGCGAGAAAAAACGAUCUCGCAGCAAAGAACGCCGCCGCUCCCGCUCCCGCAGUCAUGAGCGUUAUGGACGCUAUCGUGGUCGCAAGAGCCCCUAUUUGGGGCCGAAAUUUAACGGUGGUCCUGGAGGGAAGAUUGGCCCACCCACCAAACUAAGCCGCAAACGCUCUCGAAGCAGGAGUCCCUUUAAGAAAGACAAGAGCCCAGUCAGGCAGCCGAUUGAUAAUCUCAGUGCAGAGGAGAGAGAUGCUCGUACAGUAUUUUGCAUGCAGUUGGCCGCCAGAAUUAGACCCAGAGACCUGGAGGAAUUUUUCUCUGCUGUGGGGAAGGUGCGUGAUGUGAGGAUAAUUUCAGACAGGUACUCUCGCAGGUCUAAAGGUAUUGCCUAUGUUGAGUUUGUGGAGGCAAGUUCUGUGCCGCUGGCUAUUGGGCUCACAGGACAGAGAGUGCUGGGAGUGCCCAUCAUCGUUCAGAUCUCACAGGCUGAGAAGAACAGGGCAGCAGCAGCCAUGAACUUGCAAAAAGGUGGCGCAGGGCCGAUGCGCCUCUAUGUGGGCUCUCUACAUUUUAACAUCACUGAGGACAUGCUCCGAGGCAUCUUCGAGCCUUUUGGCAGGAUCGAAAGCAUCCAGUUGAUGAUGGACAGCGAGACGGGCAGGUCAAAAGGUUAUGGCUUCAUAUCAUUUGCAGAUGCUGAAUGUGCCAAGAAGGCCCUGGAACAGUUGAAUGGCUUUGAGCUGGCUGGCCGCCCAAUGAAAGUGGGGCAUGUGACAGAGCGCUCAGACGCCUCAUCAGCCAGCUCCUUCCUGGACAACGAUGAGCUGGAGAGAACGGGUAUCGACCUGGGCACCACAGGCCGCCUGCAACUCAUGGCCCGACUUGCAGAGGGUACUGGGCUACAGAUUCCUGCUGCUGCAAAGCAGGCCCUGCAGAUGAGCGGAUCUCUUCCAUUUGCUAACCUGCCUGGGGCGAACCCUGCUCUGAUCCCCAGCACUGGCAUGAACCAGGCUAUGAACCUCCCCACUCAGCCACUGGCCACUCACUGCCUGCAGCUUUCCAACAUGUUCAACCCACAGUCAGAAAAUGAGCUUGGCUGGGACACAGAGAUUAAGGAUGAUGUCAUUGAAGAGUGCAAUAAACACGGAGGCAUUGUUCACAUAUAUGUAGACAAGAAUUCUCCUCAAGGUAAUGUGUAUGUGAAGUGUCCCACUAUUCCUGCAGCCAUGGCUGCUGUCAGUGCCCUACACGGACGCUGGUUUGCUGGCAAAAUGAUCACAGCUGCCUACGUGCCCCUCCCAACCUAUCACAAACUGUUCCCAGACGCAGUGACAGCUAUACAGUUGUUGAUGCCUACGCGUCGGUGAUCCGUCAUCCUGCUGUACCAGUCUUUCUGUCUCUCUGCAUAUCCUGGAGAUGUAAAUAUGUCACUCUGCGUGGUUUUGCUCAGCACCAGCUAUUUUUCUAACCUAUGUUGUAGAUAAUUGCUGUCUGUCCCUGGAGGGCCUGAGCACAUUCUGGAUCUCAGAUACACAGUUACUUGAGGAUUUUAGGUAAAGGUGUAAAUAAGACUUAGCUGGUUCAGCUUGGAAAAUAGUCACUGAAAAGUCACACUGGCCCCAUAUUGACUGAAGAAGAUGACAAACUGUUCUUAUCCUCUUUUCAGUACACAUGCCUAGUGACGUGACAUACAGCUGAGCUUACUUUCUUGAACAAAGCUUUUCUCUUUCUGUCUUUGUCCUGUACAUUAGGCAUGUAGUUGUGGGCUCCAAACCUAUUGGUAUUUUGGAAGGUUGGAAGUAAACAAAUUACAAAAUUGACGAGUCCCCCCAUCACAAUGAGGUGUCCUAGAUAUAUGCGAAAGUCUGAAACCACUUUAUAUUUAUAGCUUUUGUAAUCAAAUGUUUUGA